AAAUAAUUUUAGAUUAUAGAUCGAGUAAAGAAAGCGGCCGUAUGACUAUCUAUAGAAAUAUAUAUUUAUUACACUUUUUGUAUCGAAAUCAUACAGCAGUGACUGAUAGGGUGGACUAGCGACAAAAGCAAUUAAUUAAAGCGUAAGUAAUACUUGAAAACAUUGUAUAUAUUUGUAUAUGAGAAAAUAUAAUACAUAAUGCCACCGCACAUCAAAAGUAAAAGAACAUAAUACAAAUUCAAAUGCAGUGCAUCAUCACAAGUAUACGUGGACAACAUCACGGACCUUCUAACAGUGACAGGGCGAGAUUGUAUGUCGUUGCUAGGCAACUGAAUUUGUAAACACGCGUACACGGCCGUUGGUGUAAACAAAAACAUCAAAUGUUCAGCAUCUUUAGAGUUAUUUAUACUAUAUCUAUUCAUAAUAUAAUAAUAUUACCUAAAACUUAUAAUAAUCAGGAGAGUGUAACUAGUAUAAUUAACAAUAUCGAACCAUGGAUCUCAACAUCAUGGACAAGUUGCGGCUGUUGAAGAUAGAUACUGAAUUACGACCAGAAAUCAAAAUGAAGCCAAUGAGCCGUUAUUAUUUCAUCACAUCAACGAAUCCAGGAGAACAAUUCUUUGUAUUUGCUUCAACCGCUGCAUGGCUCAUACGUAAGACCGGAAAAGCCUUUGAGCAACCAAACGAAGAAGACGACCCCAACUCAAUAAUCGCUAGCAUCGUCGAUAUUCUACGGGAAAAGGAUAUAACAGUUGAUUUCUCAUCACACAAAUUGAAACAAGGUUACGGUGAGCAAGUGUGCUACAUUCUAGACGUUUUAGCAGAUGAGGUGCUCAAAAAAGAGGACUUUGAGUGGCAAAAACCAGUUAUUAAUAUAAUCGACGCAGAAGAAACUGUAGAUGACGUCGACCAAGUGGAAGAUGAGACGGAGAUAACACUUGACAAAGUAGAAGAAGAAAUGGCGAUUUAUUCGGAAGAGUCGGACGGAGAAGUCGCUGGUGAGGAGGAAAAGGAUUCUAGUAACUUUGGAAAUAAGGUACACGAUUGGGAAGCAUGGAAAUUGGAGCUGGAGAGAGUAGCACCAGCGUUGCGACUCAAAAUAACGGCUGAUGCAAGAGAUUGGCGUGCUCGGCAUGCGCAAAUGAGAUUAUACAAAGAUGAACUAUUAGAAAGAUUUAAAACAACAAGUUCACAACUUAAGAAAGUAUACAGCAACAUUAAUUCCUCAAUGGAUAAAAUCAACGCGCGCGAGAAUAUAUUAAACGAACAAUUCGAACCAAUUGUUCGUGAAUAUGGUGCCUUAUUAGAUGAACUUAAUAAGGUAACAAAUGAGUCCAAAGAAGCGAGCGCAGGGUUAGCAGAGAAGCAGGAAAUUUUAAAUGAAUUAACAGCCAAAGUGGAAAAUAUAAAGCAAAGAACGGAAUCGCGGGGCUCGUCAAUGAAUGACAAUGCGCCUUUGGUAAACGCGAAGAAAGCUGUGGAGACAUUGAAAAAAGACAUUCAAGAGUUAGAUUUUCAGAUUAUUGUCCUCUUGUGGAUGUUGAUAUCGAAAGAAAAUCCGAAGACCAAUAGCUAUUUGACGAAUGAGUCUAAAAUGAUAUCUCGUGUGUAUUAAGAGGAUUUCAAUAAAAAUCAAUUAAGAUUGCAA